UUUGACGUCGCACCUCAACUUUCUGCGCAUGCGCGCUCCCAGUAGCGUGAAGGGGCAUGAUGGCUGAAGAAAGUACCGUGCUGGUGUCACUGGUGGAGGAAUUUGUCGCGGGAUUACAGGACAGUAAAGCCAAAGAUACAGCCGCAGGUCUAAAAAAUGGAGAGUUUACUGUUCAGCAACUGGUGGAAGCUUUGGGACUGAGUCUGACCAGUACUCAGCCUCAAACUCGAGCUAGAGGAGUCAAGCUGCUCUCUGAGGUGUUGCAGGAGUGCUAUGGAGACCUCACCGAGAAAGAAGUGGAAGUGCUCAUAGCGUUCUAUGAGAACCGUCUGAAAGACCAUCACGUCACCACACCGCCCGUUUUACAGGGACUCAGAACACUGACACAAUGCCCAACAUUACCUUCUGGCUCAGCUGUUUCCAUAUUGAAGUCUUUGUUUCAGGAUGUUCAUGUUCAGUCGCUGCUGCUGCCUGACAGAGCGUGUGUCUAUAAGAUGCUCAUCAACAUCAUGGACACCAGAGAGGCUGAACUGAAGGGUUUGGGAGCAGACUUUGUAUUUGGUUUUGUCCAGUCGAUGGAUGGGGAAAGAGACCCUCGCAACCUCCUCUUAGCCUUCCAAAUUGCCAGAAAGAUCAUCCACAGAGGUUACAAUCUAGGUAAAUUUACAGAGGAGCUUUUCGAGGUGACAUCCUGCUAUUUCCCCAUUGACUUCACCCCACCCCCCAAUGACCCUCACGGUAUCACCAGAGAAGAGCUGAUCAAAGAACUGAGGCAUGUCCUCACGGGGACUCCUAAAUUUGCUGAGUUUCUGUUGCCCCUCAUCAUCGAGAAGCUGGACUCGGACGUUCAGAGCGCCAAGCUAGACUCUCUUCAGACACUGGCUGCCUGUGUGGCACUGUAUGAACACAAGGACUUGGCAGAAUUCCUUGAGGGAUUGUGGGCGUCACUGCGCAGAGAGGUGUUCCAAACGUCAAGUGAAAAGAUCGAGUCGGCGGGCCUCGCUGCUCUCACCGCCAUCACUUGCUGCCUUUCUCGAAAGGUUCUCAACUCAGAUUCUGAAGAUGCCCUCAGCGCCUUCCUGGACAUGGUUCUCAAAGACUGCAAGCAUCACCUGAGCGAGCCUGACCUGAAGUUAGUGUGGCCCAGCGCUAAGCUACUCCAGGCUGCCUGCAGAGCCUCCAACAGGGCGAGUCACAUCGUAACAGCAGCCGUUAUGCCAGCGCUCAUUGAGCAGUACAACAGCAGAAACCAGUGUUCGCAUAGACGUACAUUAUUGGAGGUGAUACAGAGGUUUAUUCAGUCUGUAAAAGGCAGUGAGUCACCAGAAAAUGAGGAGCAAGUACUUUCAGGCAUCUGUCCAUCGUUGUGCUGCGUCACCUUCGCAGCUCUGUCAGAGACUAACAGCAGCCUGCAGGUCACAGCCACAUCUGUGCUCAGCUCACUAACAAAACAAACAGGUUUGUUGUCAAACUCUCAAAUUGAGCUAGCUGUCGAUCACUUGGCUCGUCUGGUGCUGUCAGACGAAGACGACGCAGUCAGUCUUGCUGUGGUGGCAUGUGCUGGAGGCUUGGCAGAAUUGCACCCGACUGUUUUCAUCACCAAUAUGAUCCCAAGAAUAAAGAGAGUGAUCUUUUCUGAGUCUAUGAAACAAGAUGGCGAGUCCAUGCAAAAUACACAACCCGCAGUGCGUCAACGCUGUUUGUCUGUGCUAGCAGUGGUGUCCACCAAGCCCUGUGUUGCACAGGAGAGCACACCUGUCCUCUUGGAAGUCCUCAACGCAGCACAUUCUGGCGAAGUUGGUUUCUCAUUAGAGGAGGCCGUGUUGGCGUGCCACAGCCUAAAGAGGAUAGCCGAGCGUGUUGAAGACACCAAAGAUUCCGGACGAUGCUUCCACGACAUCAUCAUCCCACAGCUGCUGUCACUAGCAUUGCAAGCAGCACUUCAGGGUGAAAAUUCAUCCACUCGCCACAGUCCUCUGGCGGAGGAGGCGUUUCUGUCCACCAUGGUUGCUGUCAUCAGUACAGCCUGCUCCAGGCUGCAGUCUAAACUGGCGGGCCAGACGGCAGAGAGGUUUGUGUCGCUCUUCCUGGAUGGUGACGUCUCCUUUUUGCCCGGCAACUCCUUCCCUUCACACAUCAAGCUUCUUGCAAAUCAGCAGGACUCGUGGAAGCAGUCUCAGAUGGUUUGUCUGCUGAUGGGAUGUGUUUGUUCGCUACCUCGCACUGUGAUGGUGCCGCAAAUGGAGCGCCUGCUUUCAGAGCUGGAAGAGAUGAGUUGCACCUGCAGCCACCCAAUGUCAUACACCUCCGCUGCCAAGUGCUUCGCUGGCCUGGUCAACAAGAUCCCUCAGGGCGACUUUCUUGACAGUGUACUUCAAAAGACAAUGACCAGGAUCUUGUGUGAGUUGAACUUAGCAGCUUCACGUGUCCGGACGCAGGCGUACACCUUCAUGAUAUGGGUUGCCAAGGCUCUGCUUCUCCGCUACCACCCAACAUGCACAACACUGACUGACAAGAUGUUCUCACUGUUGGACGAUGCCGAUUUGGGUCCCGUGGUGGCUGACGGCUUCUCGCUGCUGAUGAGCGACUCCGCGGACGUCCUGAGCCGUGGUUGCCACGCAGACGUGCGCAUCAUGUACCGCCAACGCUUCUUCAGCGAGAACUCGACCAAGUUGGUGCAAGGUUUCAACGUUGCUCCUCAAGAGAAGAAGCCUAAUUACCUGAAGGCCCUGUCCAACAUAGUCAACAAACUACCCAAACAGGUUCAAGUUACUGAACUACCUGCGCUGCUGUCACUGCUGCUGGAGGCCCUGACUUAUCCAGACCAGAGCGUUCAGCUGUCCACUCUGUCCUGUCUAGAGCCCGUCAUCGCUGACCCGCCACCAGCACUAAUCCAACAGCUAGAGGCUUUGGUCGGCAGGCUACUGCCCCUCACGUCCGCUCCCACCAUGAAAGUGAAGAUUGCAUCACUGCGGUGCAUCUACGCCCUUUCCCGCUUCCCUGAACAUGAGGUGUUGCCAUUUCGGGCCCGAGUGCUGCACGCCUUGGCCACACCUCUGGGCGACAAGAAGAGGCUGGUGAGGAGGGAGGCUGUUCAGGCGCGAGGAGAGUGGUUCCUCUUAGGAAGUCCUGGAGGAAGGUGAUUUUUAUUUUUUGUUACAAAUCUCGACCCACCACGUUCCAAGAAUAGUUCCUUAUUGUACUGUGGAUCUUUUUGCCUUCCUACUGAAAUGCAGUUCAUUGUGACUUCUCAUGUCUUCAUAAACGCACAAUUGAGACACCUGGGCCAACCUCUGAAACAUCCUCACGGUUUAACAUUUAUUUGUACACUCACAGUUUUGAUGUUCAAUGUGUCCUCUGAGGAAUGUAAUAUAAAGUUAUCUGCAUCAAGUGAGCAGGGCCUUAAAGUAUUAUUUAAUAAGUGUACUUUUAUGAAAUGUAGUCUGUACCAUAAAGGACAGCAUUUGAAGUGGAUUGUGUCUCUAGUUAGUGUUAAUUAAUGCUGCACACAUUAUUUAAUAUGAGCCACACAAAGUACACAAUCACAUGGGCCAAAAGCCAAAUAAACAGUACUGACUUCCAUUUUAUAGCCUUAGUGUCCAUUGUUGCUGUGACAUUUUUAUAUUUUUACAGUCCAAUGUCAGUUAUGUAUCAAACAUUGUACACAUUCAAGUUUAGAAAACAAUAUUAUAUCAUAGCCAUUUGUUUGGUUGACUUUGAAGCUCAUUAACGCCAAGGAAAUUAAUAUAAAAUGCUUCACAAAAUGAAUAAAAUUUGACAAUGUA